UCUGACGUCAUCAUCAUCGGCGGCGAGGAAAAGACAACUCUGAGGUCACUAGCUUUGUUUCGCGACAUUUUUUUUAUUGCUUGUGCUGUCGACUUUGCUCAAAUUAAACCUAAUGGCAAAUAAACGUUUUUAACGCCGUUUCACAUCCGUCACGACCAGUUGACUUCGGGCAUUUGUUUUUGUUCAGUGUCCACGCCCGCGUCCCGGUAUGUCUCACAACCAGCGCUACCGGCCACCUCCCUCCGACGCAGACUUCCUCCAGCCUUCUCUGAGAUCCAUCAGCUUUUCAGAGCGCCGUCGUCUCUCACCAGACCACGACUUGCCUGGAAUGUUGUCCUCAUCCUAUUCUUACUAUUCCUCUUUGCCACCCCGAAGCUCGCCUCUUGACUCGACAGACAUCCUGAACAGCUGCGGUCUGGAGGCCACAGACUUGUCGCUCCUUGCACAGUUUCCCGAAGACGCCUUGACUGUGGAAUCGCUGCCACACAUCCUCGAUAAGAUCAAAUCCAACAGAGGAAUGCCUCCCCUUAACUCUUUGUCCCACUUGCCAGGAUCGGCAAUGCAAGCCACAAACCAGAGGGACGGGCAGGAACACUGGGGGAAUACAAGGGGAUAUGGUCUUGUCUCCCAAAACCCUCCUACCAGGAGAGACCAUCUGCAGCAUUCAUUCCCUUCUGCCUACGACGUGGACGAAAGGGUGCCGUUUUCUGGCCGCGAUGCCCAACUGGCAAGACCAGCAAAAAUCAUUCCCUCCCUCUUCUCCGUGCCUGGCCCAGCUAACAGACUCUUGGCGCAGCCCAUGGAGAGACAACGGAGAACUGGAACUGGGUGGGAACAAGGUUGUUCUGACGCCUCUUCCAGCAAGAUUUAUCGUCAACCCAUCAGUGCUGCCUUGCCCUGUAAAAAAGUAGCACAGGACUUCCAUGGCACAACACCUCCAAUGUACCCGUACUCGUGUUCUCUGUGUAAUGUCACUGUGCUCUCAGAGAAGUUCUGGACCAAACACAUCAACAGCUCCAAUCAUGCAGAGAGACAACACAUCCUGCUUCAGAGCUUUCCAUCGUGGGACUGCCGCAUGGAGCCAGUCACCAGAGCUGGCAGACAAGAGAAGAAGAGGAAAGACAGCAGCAACUCGCGUCCCGCUAAGCAUGUUGAGAAGAAGGCAGCCAAGAGAAGCAAUGUGGUGUGUGUCAAAUUUGCUUCUCACACUGUGGACGAGUUGUACCUCAGGAAACUGGUGGAACCAUUUGGCAAGACCACCAAGAUCCUUGUGUUUGCGUCACUUGCCUUCAUGGAGAUGGGCUCUGCCGACCAAGCACAGGAGUUGGUGAAUUUCCACAACCAAUCUCCUCCCAAAAAGAACGGCAAGCAAAUGGAGUUCAGCAUCUCCCACUCUUUCAACUUUGUGAAGAGCUCUCGCGUGCUGCACUUCACGCCAUCCCUAGAAGGAGACAAGGACAGGUCGAAUCUCUUAAGUGUUGUCAAACGCUUCGGCCAGCCUACCUAUACGCUAUUCCUGCCAACUGAUGCAUUUAUCGAGAUGAACAGUAUCCGUGACGCUCAAAAGGUGGUGGAGAAUUAUUCGUCUAACAUCCUAAGGAUCAAUGACAACAUCCUAAAAGUUUCUUUUUCUGCAAAAUACUCAAGUCUCUUGAAAGUUUCUUCUGCUCAGCAGUACAAAGAAGAAUCAACCAAGAGGACAAGGAGCAGACAUGACGACAGCCCAUCCAAGAAAAGGAAGAGAGAAGAGGCCAGGUCCAAGUCCAGAGAGAGUGAGGCCAGUUCCAAGUCCCGAGAGAGGAAGGCCAGGUCCAAGUCCCGGGAGAGGAAGGCCAGGUCCAAGUCCCGGGAGAGGAAGGCCAGGUCCAAGUCUCGGGAGAGGAAAGCCAGGUCUAAGUCAGUGGAAAGAAAGGCAAGGUUUCAAGAGAAGAAGAGAAAAGAAGAGAAGCCUGACACUGAGUCCAGUUCUGCUUCUGCUGCAGCUCUGCUAAAACCCUCAGAAGAUGUAUGUGAUGACAAAAUCCAGCACGUCUUGGAAGAAGAAAGCUUUUCUGGAGAGGACAGCGACAUUGAGGGGAUGGAGGUGAUUGGCGAGGAUGGAGAACCCUUGGAUGAGGAUGAUCUGGAAACUUUGGAGGAAGCUGAAGAAGAAAUGGACACAGAGGAAGAAAUUGAUACUGAAGACUGCUUGUCGAAAGUUGAAGGUGAAAAAGAGGAAGAGAAGGCUGAUGGUGAGAAGCUCGACAAAGAGCAACAUUCUAACGGCGAAGAAAAGACCAACAACGAGCGGGAAGCAGACUUCCCAGUGGACUUGGAUGACUGCAUCACACUGGAUGAAGUAGGAGAGGUGCAGAGCAGCGACAAAGGUGAAGAAGAUGAGAAUGUGCAGCAGAAGUCUCGAGUGGUCUCCAUACUGCAUCUGCCGAAUAACUAUUACAAAGCCAAAGACUUCAUCGGUCUUUUUAAAAGACACGGGAAGCCAGUGCGCCGCUUCAUUUUGCAAGGUCAACAGAGGGCCUUCAUGGAGAUGUCGAGCCACACAGAGGCUUUGAGAGCCGUCCGUAAACUAAAGGUUUUCUUCAAGAGGCAAUGUCAUGUAUUUGUCUCCAAAAAAUAUCCACGCCUGGACUGCGGGACAGAGAUUGACGAGCUCCAGCCCUUGAUUGGCAGUAGCAGGCCACGCAACCAACACAGAGACAAAGAUGAGUCGAAACGCGGAAGAAAGGAGUCGCCCACAUCGUCUCAGGAGAAAAAGAAGAGCUCUCAAAAGACUCCAGAAAGGGAAGAUUCUAACAAAAAGGCACAAGAGAAACAAUCAGCAUCUAAAAAGACUUCAGAGAUUGAAUCGAAGUCUGCCAAGAGUCAGGAGAUUGAGUCAAAAUCCAGAAAAACUUUGGCAAGUGAGUCAAAGUCUGGGAAGCGCCAGAAGAAGCAGUCUUCUGGUAGGAAGGAGGAUAGUUCAGAGAGUGAGAAGACUCAGGACAACGUAUCAGAGUCCAAGAAGAUUUUGGAUAAAGACUUAGAGUCUGGGAAGAGCCAGAAGAAGCUGUCUUCUGGUAGGAAGGAGGAUAGUUCAGAGGGGGACAAGACUCAGGACAAAGUAUCAGAGUCCAAAAAGACUUUGGAUAAAGACAUAGAGCCUGGGAAGAGCCAGAAAAAGCAGUCUUCUGGUAGGAAAGAGGAUUGUUCAGAGGGUGAGAAGACUCAGGACAAAGUAUCAGAGUCCAAGAAGACUUUGGAUAAAGACUUAGAUUCUGGGAAGAGCCAGAAGAAGCUGUCUUCUGGUAGGAAGGAGGAUAGUUCAGAGGGUGACAAGACUCAGGACAAAGUAUCAGAGUCCAAAAAUACUUUGGAUAAAGACUUAGAGCCUGGGAAGAGCCAGAAGAAGCAGUCUUCUGGUAGGAAGGAGGAUAGUUCAGAGAGUGAGAAGACUCAGGACAACGUAUCAGAGUCCAAGAAGAUUUUGGAUAAAGACUUAGAGUCUGGGAAGAGCCAGAAGAAGCUGUCUUCUGGUAGGAAGGAGGAUAGUUCAGAGUUGGACAAGACUCAGGACAAAGUAUCAGAGUCCAAAAAGACUUUGGAUAAAGACAUAGAGCCUGGGAAGAGCCAGAAAAAGCAGUCUUCUGGUAGGAAAGAGGAUAGUUCAGAGGGUGAGAAGACUCAGGACAAAGUAUCAGAGUCCAAGAAGACUUUGGAUAAAGACUUAGAUUCUGGGAAGAGCCAGAAGAAGCUGUCUUCUGGUAGGAAGGAGGAUAGUUCAGAGGGUGACAAGACUCAGGACAAAGUAUCAGAGUCCAAAAAGACUUUGGAUAAAGACAUAGAGCCUGGGAAGAGCCAGAAAAAGCAGUCUUCUGGUAGGAAAGAGGAUAGUUCAGAGGAUGAGAAGACUCAGGACAAAGUAUCAGAGUCCAAGAAGACUUUGGAUAAAGACUUAGAUUCUGGGAAGAGCCAGAAGAAGCACCCUUCUGGUCGGAAGGAGGAUAGUUCAGAGGGCGAAAAGAUUCAGAACAAAGUAUCAGAGUUCAGGAAGACUAUGGAUAAUGAGUUAGAGUCUGGGAAGAGCCAGAAGAAACUGUCUUCUGAUCCGAAGGAGGAUAGUUCAGAGGGUGAGAAGACUCAGGACAAAGUAUCAGAGUCCAGGAAGACUUUGGAUAAAGAGUUAGAGUCUGGGAAGAGCCAGAAAAAGCAGUCUUCUGGUCGGAAGGCUGAUAGUACGGAGGGCGAGAAGAUUCAGGACGAAGUACCAGAGUCCAAGAAGACUUUGGAUAAAGACUUAGAGUCUGGGAAUAGCCAGAAGAAGCAGUCUUCUGGUCGGAAGGAGGAUAGUACAGAGGGCGAGAAGAUUCAGGACAAAGUACCAGAGUCCAAGAAGACUUUGGAUAAAGACUUGGAGUCUGGGAAGAGCCAGAAGAAGCAGUCUUCUGGUAGAAAGCAGGAUAGUUCAGAGGGCGAGAAGAUUCAGGACGAAGUACCAGAGUCCAAGAAGACUUUGGAUAAAGACUUAGAGUCUGAGAAGAGCCACAAGAAGCAGUCUUCUGGUCAGAAGGUGGAUAGUUUAGAGGGGGAGAAGACUCAGGACAAAGUAUCAGACGACAGGAAGACUUUGGAUAACGAGUUAGAGUCUGGGAAGAGCCAGAAAAAGAAGUCUUCUGGUCAGAAGGAGGAUAGUUUAGAGGGUGAGAAGACUCAGGACAAAGUAUCAGACAACAGGAAGACUUUGGAUAAAGAGUUAGAGUCUGGGAAGAGCCAGAAGAAGCUUUCUUCUGGUCGGAAGGAGGAUAGUUCAGAGGGCGAGAAGACUCAGGACAUAGUAUCAGAGUCCACGAAGAGUAUGGUGACUGAGUCAGAGGGCGAGAAGUCUCAGAAGAGGAAGAGAGACAGUGUUUCCUCAAAAGACAUUGAACAUCCUGAAGGUACGGACUCCUGGAAGCACAACCAAAGUCUAGUAGGUGGCCCGUGUGAGAAGAGAAACGCACCUCUUGAGGACGACUCUGUGCCUGGAAAGAUCCGAAAGGGAGAGCAGAGGAGUCGAACAUUGGGCGAGAGUCCAAAAACAUGUGUUCAGAACCCUUCCGAAGCACAGUCAGAUCAGAAAACUGCUGAUGGACCCUCAGGUGCCCCCACUGCACCUCUCCUGCCUGUUGGAACUGAGUUUGUGCGUCCGGUUGUCGGCUACUUCUGCAACUUGUGUCAGCUCAUCUACGCCGAGGAAGAUGAGGCCAAAGUGCAACACUGCAGCAGCCGCCAGCACCACGACAAGUAUCAGGAGAAGAUGAAAAUUGUGAGCUGAAUGAAAUUUUUUAUUUGUUUUACUUCCCAUUCCUUUCACAAUAAAGCCAUGUGACAAAUUUAAGAGUAAAACAUUUAUUUUUGAAAAACAUUCCAACAUAAAUCACUAACGCUGAAUAUUGCCGACUCCUCCGCCUAUCAUCCCAUCCCGAACCCUUGUUCACAU